AUGGCCAGCAAUCGUUUCAGGCCCCUCGGUGAUGCCUCCGCCAGCAACCCCCCCGCCCCAACGUCUGCGCCUGCGCCAGCGCCAGCGCCCUCUACAGUCGUCACCGGCGCAGACUCAUCCGCCACCGCAAACUCGGCCCGUGCUUCUCGCAAACGGAAGGGCCACCGCGGUGGCAAGAAGAAGAGGUCUCGUCGCAAGAGCUUUGCUCUCUUACACGGCGACAGCCACGAUGAGACGGACAGAACUUCUUCUGCCGACGGCUUCUACAAUCACCCACAAGGGACCGUCAGCACUGAUAGUAUCGACAGCCAGAUUCUGCUAGACCAUAGAGAGCAUGCUCCCAUGCGCGUUCGACGUUCCUCAACCGUCACCGCCGACCGAUCGCAGAAUCCGCCUCUCAGCGCCAGCAGCAGACUGCGCUCUGUCCAGACUCAUCACAGCAGCGAUAAGUCCAGUCCUGCCACUCCAUGGGACGAGACUGCACCCUUGCUUUCCGACUCGGGCAGACUAGGUGCUCCUGGUUCCUCCAGUUAUGGCGGUGCAGACAGCCGAACGCACUGGACUAAGAGUCGCAGGUCGUCGACAGUCUCAUCCACCACCAAGCUGGCAGCCGCAUUUGGCAGAAAGGAUCCCUAUCAUGUUAACAAUCCCCCUUCGGUGCCAGGUUCUCCUACCUUUGGUACCCUCGACCAUCACAAUGACAUGACAUUUGGUGAUGUCAUGCUGCGAGACGAAAUGGCUAUGCGAACUGGCAGCCCCAAGCGCGCUGCUAUGGACGAGGACGAAAACUUUUUCAACGCCGAGGAUGCGCAUCGUCACGAUAGUCCUCAUACUCCGCACCCUGAUGCCGAGGCUGACGUCUGUUUCCCUACCCACGGCAUGUCCGAAAUGGGUGAUGACGACGGCACGACUCGUGACGACGGCCACCACCAUAAAAGUCGCCGCCGGCGACGACAGUGGCCAGACUUGUCGGUACUCGAGGAGUGGAGGCAGUUUGAAAAGGAAGAUAGGAGCGAGGGUCGCAGAGCAAAGAGGAUUACGGAGCCGCAGCUUAUUAACGGCCGUCUGCGCCCGGUUCGCAAGGGCUGGUUUCAGACUGACGAAGACGUUCCUUAUCGCUUCACCUAUUUCAACGAAGAAUUCCAGAGUACCAUUCACAGCCACACCAUCUCAGAGCUUGUCCAACCCGGAGGGACCUUUCGUGAGCUCUUUAUUCCCGACCAUCGUGUUCUUUCCGACGAUGAGUUCGAUUCGGGCGAUGAUACCAUGUCUGUUCCGUCCCGAGCUCCUAACGCCACUGCUGGGCUUGAAGUCGAUUCUCACCGCUCGACUCGCCAACAUUCAGUAUCCGACUCGGCUCGUGGAGCAUUCUCCCCGCCUCAGUUUGCACAAAUGACACAGACCCAGCCUGCGGUAGACGUGCCUACGCGUGAAAGCUCCAGGGCGCCUUCCGCCAGGGCACCAUUAGCUAAUACAGGUGGACUACGCAACUCGGAAAGUAUUACAUUCAAGCCUCUGCCGGAGCCCCUCGAUCUCGCGCCCAAACCAGAAAAGCCUAUCCGAUACGGAGACCGACCUGUAUGGUGGCUCAACGUGGUUUGCCCCACGGAAGAAGAAAUGAAGGUCAUAUCCAAAGCAUUCGGCAUUCACCCUCUUACCGCCGAGGAUAUUAUGCUGCAAGAGGCGCGUGAAAAGGUCGAGCUUUUCCGCCACUAUUACUUUGUCAACUACCGGACCUUUGACCAGGACAUCAACAGUGAGAGUUUUCUGGAGCCCGUCAACAUGUACGUGGUUGUCUUCCGCGAGGGUGUUCUCAGCUUCCACUUUUCCAUGACGCCGCACCCGGCCAAUGUGCGGCGACGCAUCCGCCAGCUGCGCGACUACCUGCUGCUGUCAUCGGACUGGAUCUCCUACGCCAUUAUUGACGACAUCACCGACGUGUUUCAGCCGCUCAUCCAAAACAUUGAGGACGAGGUCGACGAGAUCGACGAGGCCAUUCUGCGCCUGCAUUCGCCGCUGGAAAACGCCGACGAGAAGAGCAAGGAUGAUGGUGCGACUAUCACCGAGGCGAGCGGCGACAUGCUCCGGCGCGUGGGCGACUGUCGAAAGCGCGUCAUGAGUCUUUACAGGCUCUUGGGCAACAAGGCCGAUGUCAUCAAGGGCUUCGCCAAGCGCUGCAACGAGCGGUGGGAGGUGGCCCCGAAAUCGGAAAUAGGGCUUUACCUUGGCGAUAUUCAAGAUCACAUUGUGACCAUGACUUCCAAUCUGAGUCACUACGAAAAAAUUCUUGCCCGCGCCCACGGCAACUACCUCGCGCAAAUCAACAUCCGCAUGAACGAGCGCCAGGAGCAGACGGCCGACGUCCUCGGCCGCCUCAGCGUCAUUGGCACAAUUGUGCUGCCCAUGAACAUCAUUACCGGCCUCUGGGGCAUGAACGUCUGGGUUCCCGGCCAAGAGGACGAGGGCAAUCUGCAGUGGUUCAUGCUCAUUACGGCCGGCCUGCUGUGCUUUGGUAUAGUCUGCUUCCUCCUCGCCAAGCGCGUGUACAAGAUCGUCUAA